AUGCAAAAUCCUGUUGUAAACUUAGGAGGGGCUGUGACCCUCUCUUGUACCUCAAGCCAGAGAUACGACUGGUUCAUUUUAACAAAGAAUGGGACCCUUCAGAAACCCACCUUGUGGGCUGAACCAAGUUCUGUGAUUGCCUCUGGCAAUGAUGUGACCAUCUGCUGUGAGGGGAACAGGGAAACCAAAAUAUAUUUCCUGCAUAAAGAAGGGAGCUCAGUACCCUGGGACAGUCAAACUCACAAAGAUCCUGUUAACAAGGCCAUGUUCUCCAUAGCAUCCAUGGAAAAGCAUCAUGCAGGGAAAUAUCGCUGUUACUCUUAUAAAUCUGCAGGGUGGACAGAGCGCAGUGACACACUGGAGCUGGUGGUGACAGGAGCACCUGAGACCACCAGACAACCACAAAACAUGUCAGAAGCCAUAACAGUCUCACCACCCCAGGAUCACACAGUGGAGAACCUCAUCCGGAUAGGCAUGUCUGGCUUGAUCCUUAUACUUCUUGGGGGUUUGCUAUUUGAAGCUAGCCACAGCCACAGAAGGACCUUGACUGCAUCCAAGAAGUUAAGAAGAGAUAUAGCAACAAGCCAUACAUGAUGUCUACAUCAGGGAAACAAAUUUGAGGGUCUCUGUUGUUUUUUGUUUUGGGUUUUUUGGGGGGUUUUUUGUUUGUUUGUUUGCUUUUUACACGAAAUUCAAUGUUUAAUAUUGGGAAUCGCUUGUGAGAAAAGAUACAGGAAUCAAAUGUGAUUUUGGUGCAGGAAAAGACCUAAAUGUUGGUGUGGAGAGCUCUUCUAGCACCACAUUAAGGCUCUUGUCCUCUACCUUGCUGUGGACUUUGAAGAUUUUUUUUUUUUUUUGCUUUUUCGA